AUGGCUCGCGUAGAGCCUAUGGACUUGGACGUUAUUGAAAGUGACUUUGAGAACAAGGAGAAUACAUUCCACAUAAAUAAUGCUUUGCCAAGGUCGCCGUGUUUUGAAAAGGUGCAUGAGUAUUUGGAUGUGUCAGAGGUGAAACAUUUAUGCUCUUUUACUCAAAGAACUUCAUCAAUGUCGAAAACUUUUACUGCUAACAUUGAUAAGAAAAUUUCAUACGUUGAAGACCACCACAUAGUAAAUAGUAACUCCAACCUAACACGAUCAUUGAACUCUACUUUAGCCAAUUGCAAUGGUUUAUUAAAAUCACCAAAGUCUAUGCCAUUACAAUCUAUAACAACCAGUCGGUGUACAGACUUUAAUAAAAAUACCAUUGACAAAGGGUCAUUUGAUGAUAAAAGUAAUAUAAAUCUGAAUAUUGAUGGAGCGGAUAUGGAAAGCUUAUCAUUACCAUCUUCAUCUUUGGGUCAUACCCCAGAAGCCACAACUCCAAUAAAAGACAUUCCUAUGAAAAAUUCAAAAAGAAAUUGUACUUUGAAAGAAAGUGAAAUAGUUAACAAAAGUGAUGUUGAUUGCAUAAGUGCAGACCAAAGUGUAUUGGAAGAUCAAAGUAGUAUUCGGGUUAGCACAGCUGCUAUUGAGUCAGGUAUGUUGCAUGAUAAUUGUACAAUAUAUAAAAAAAAAACAAUGGAUGAUUUGUAUACUGAUAUUGGUGAUGUAAAGGAUAAUAUUAUUAACAAAAUUGACCUUAAAAACAUUCUUCAGUUAAUUCAGGCUACUGACAGCACUGAAAUUUGUAAUAAUACAUUUGACAACCAAAAUAUAGAGAAAGAUGUAAGCAAAGACAAUAUAGUAGAACGUUUAAUUGUAUGUGUCAAAAAUAAUAAAUCCCUGACAAAUAUUAUAAAUAGUGAUUUAAAAUAUCAGGCUCACAACUCUUUCCAAAAACAUCCUGUUUCUAUAUCAGAGCCAUUCUAUGAGACUAAAAAUAUAAUUUCUGAAUAUAAUAUUUUUAAUGAUGAACGAGUUUGUCUGCAACCUGAUAUACUAAAUGAAAACCAAAUAUUGGCUUUUGAAGGCUCUUCGAAGAAAGUUAGUAGCACUCACUUUAUGUAUGAUCAUACACCCCAAGAAGAUUUUAUACAGGCCGCUUUAUCAAAAAAGGAAUAUGAAUCUUCUGCACAUAAUAAAAAAUGUGAUGCACAAGUUGAAAAUAAAACUUUUAACAGUUCUGCAAAUUUAGCUAACGAUAAAAACAUAAUGCUCAAUAAACUAAGAUUACCAAAUUCAACAAUAACAGGAGAUAAUAACCUCACGGAAGAAAAUUGGAUAACGGAUUUAAAAAAUGAUUUUAAUGUAGAAAUAAAUGUUAUGAAAGCUUUAGAUUCCAAUUCAACUAUUAUAAAUGAAUGUGAUAUAACAAAAGAAGUCUUCGAAAUAAAUUUUACUGAAACACAAGAACCUCUCUGCAUAACUCAGAAAUUAGAUCAAGAUGAUUUAGAAGUAGAAAAUAUUAACAACAGCCAAAGUACAUGUACUGUAGUUCUCGACAAUCCUUUUGAAACAAAAUCUAAACUACUUAAAUCACCACUUACAACUACUGGAAUAGAGGCAAAAAAUGAUAAUAAUCAAGUACACAAUACACAAGCUUCUGUAGAUCAUGAAACUUAUACGGAGCUUAAGGUACGUAAAGAACUAACUAACAGGCUCAGUGCGUUGGAAUCUCGAGUGAAAACUUUAGAAUACGAAAAUGAAGACAGACUAAGAAAAAUAAAAGAUUUAAGCAAUCAAAUAUCAGAAAAAAAUGAACAAAAAAAAAAUAUGGUGACUGUUGUUGAAAAAUAUGAAUGGACAAUUAUAACUUUAAUUGCUGAACUCGAACAGUCUAGGAAGCAGCAUGCUGAACAACGAAUGCUACGUAUUGAAAACCAUAAGGAACUAACUGGGCAUUUAUCAAUUUUAGAAUUAUCAUUUAACGACUUGCUCAGCAAAUAUCAAAAGAGUAAAAAAAUUAUUUUAAGCCUAAAAGCGAAUGAAGACUGUCUGAAAAAAGCACUUCAAGAGUCUGAAGAUAAUCAAGUGAAGUUUCAGAACAUAUAUGAAGUGUUGAAGCAACACGCUAUCGAAAGGAUAAACUACGCAAAUCAAGAUCUUGAAAAGUUGAAAAAAGGUCACCAAGCCCAGAUUUUGAAACUACAGGCAAUGAUGAAAAGGAAGGAUUUACAAAUAUCAUCCCUCGAGGAUACGAUUGCGCAGAAAACUAAAGCGAACGAAGAGUUGAUCACUAUUUGCGACGACCUACUAAAAUUAGUCGGUUGA